GGCGGGGCCGGGUCUCGCGUCACAGGGUGGGGCGGCCUCCCGCUUGGAACUGUUCGGGGAUCGGUGGUGCUGACUGAGGUCGCGGGCUUUGCUCUCCGUCCUCGGCGGCUGGGGCAGGGAGGGGCCAGCAUGGCGCGGCCGCCACCCCCUCCUUCUCCUUCUCCCGGACCGCAGUGGUAGCAGCCAGGCUUCCCUUCCCACCUUCCGUCGUCAGCACCGCCAUCGUCCUCCGCUCCCGGUGGCUGGCCUCGCUUGGGUGCUAUGGCCGCGGAAGUGCCCGGCCCCCCGGGCCUCCUCGUCCUCUGGCUCUUAUCGCCGCUUCUUCUGCUUCUGGGGGCACCGGCACCGUCAACCGGAGAACUAAGGUCACCGGCAGCGUCGGGUGUGGAAUCGCUGCUGGAGGAGUUCCGCCGCCAGCUGCAGCUUGACAGGGAUCCCUCCGGCGGCCGCAGCAAUGAGCUGGAGGAAGCGGCCGCUCACUGCCGAGGAGGGACUGAAGGACCAGCCGGCGGCGGCGGGAGUUUCUUCUCCGUCAGGUCCGACUCCAUCAUCCGCACCAAGGACUCCAUCGCGGCGGGUGCCACGUUCCUCGGCUCCCCGAGCUCGGUGGCUGGUCCCAGGCAUUGCCUGGAUGCCUGCUGCGCCGAUGCCCGCUGCACCCUCGCCGUCUUGCAGCAGCAGCAGCAGCAAUCGGCCUCGGUCCGCUGUUAUCUCUUCAGCUGCACCUAUCGUGGCCGCGCCGUCUGUGUCUUCUCCCCUCAGCGCGGCUACAACAGCUACUUCCUGGAACCCACCAGCCACCCUCCGGCUUUGGACACUGAUGAGCCUCCUCUUAGCAAGGCGGGAGAAGAUAUUAUUCUUCAGCUACCUGUUGACUGGGUUAUUCUGGAUGGCAGAGAAAGUGUGGAUGACCAUGGAAUCACACGAUUUGAAUGGACAUUACUUCAAGGUGCAUCAUCAAUUGAUAUGCAGGUACCUCAGCCAGGAACACUGAAGCUCUCUCAUAUGCCAGAAGGAAAAUACACACUGCAGUUGACUGUGACUGACACAGCUGGCCAAAGGAGUUCGGAUAACAUCUCAGUGACUGUACUUCCAAUGAUUCAUUCUGAGUUAGGUUGUGUUGGGACGUGUUCCCGUUACCAGUUCCUUUGUGAUGAUGGCUGCUGCAUUGACAUCACUUAUGCCUGUGAUGGGGAGAUCCACUGUCCUGAUGGGUCAGAUGAAGCUUUUUGCCAGAAGUAUAAUUCAGGACAGAAUGCAAUAACUCACAUAGAGACUAUUCAACAAAAUUCAGCUGAAUUAAUGAAAAAGGCCAAUGAACACCUUACAUUUGAAAUCACCCAGACAAGUACACUAAGCGGUCAAGUACUUGAACCAGAGAAAAUCAAACAAUCACCCUCUCAGGGACCAAAGAAACAAACUACCAGGUUUAUACCAGAGCAAUGCUUGCUCCCCCUAGCCACUGGCUCAUGCAACAGACACCUCCCUCGCUGGCAUUUUGAUGCUUUUUCAGGCACUUGCAUGCAUUUCAUCUAUGGUGGUUGCAAAGGCAAUGAAAACAACUUUCUUCAAGAAUCUGACUGUCUUGCUGAAUGUGUAAACGUUCAUGAUUCUAGAAUCUCAGGGAAAGACACAGAUAAGAAGAAUGACAAUGAUAUUGUAAGCUUGAAGAGCACGCAGAUUGAAAAAAGCCUUCCAGUCCCAGAAACAGGUGCUGUACUUCCACUGGCUUUGGGGCUAGCCAUCACUGCUUUGCUGCUACUCAUGGUUGCUUGCCGUUUGCGAUUAGUCCGGCAGAAAUUAAAGAAAGCGCGACCCACUACAUCUGAGGAGUCAGAUUACCUCAUAAAUGGAAUGUAUCUCUAGAGCAAGAUUCAGGAUACCUUUUUUUGCUAUCAAGCUUUCUCACAAAAGUGUACCUCUUGCAUCUCACAAUUCUCUUUUUAAAAGUGAAAACUGUGUUACCAAAAUAAGCGGCCAUCUUCCCAAAAUUUUCUUUUAAGGCCUAUGAUAGAUGAGCACCAGUUGUUUUUCCAAACUUGGCAACUUGAAGAUGUGUGGAUUUCGACUCCUGUAGUUUUCCACCCUGCACAGAAUUCCAGGAGUUGAAGUUGAUACCUCUUCAAAUUGCCAGAGUUAAGAAACACUAAUGUACAGUUGUGAUGGCAUGUAGUAGCUUUCACCAACAUCGUGUCCUCCAGGUGUUUUGAUCUACAAUGCCUUUCAUCCUCAAGCCAACAGGAAGCUCUAGUAUGGAAUUACUUUUAAGAAUAGCCUAUUCUUGGCAAUAAUGGAGGUAUGAGCUAAUCUGAUUUAUCUGUUGCAAUCCCACCAAAACAAAAUCAGAUUACUGGUGAAUGAGUGCAAUGCCGCUAAAGCUUAAAAUACAUUUAGUGUGCAAAAUUUUUUAUUUUAAACUUACCCUCUCUUUACGCUCUUCAGUCAUUUCUAUUUUGCAAACUAGUUUUGUGUGGUGAUAAAACUCAAUUUAAAACACUGGAAGCAAGUGGUUGAGCCAUACUUCUGCAAUAGCAUGAUGUCCUGUUGCAGUGGCCCACAUCACAGCAGGUAUUGAUACAGCAGUCACAUCUAACCAAAUAUAUUUUUGUAAAUGCUUUGACUCAUUAUAGGACAUUACUUUCCAACUCUUUAAGUAAAGCUUGCUUUUAAUGUGACAUUAUGAUCUAGUCAAGGUAUUUUCCCAUGAAAAAUUGCACUUGGAAUAUAUAAAUGGAAUUCACACAUCAGCUUCCUUUUCUACAAUGAAUGCAGCAGACACUGUACACCUAAAAGCAUCUUAUUGGUUUCCACAGGCUGGUCUUAGAGGAUACAAGAGAGAUUAUAUGAUGGAAAUGAUGUGCUGUGCAUCAUGUGUAACAUGUUGAGUGAUAAAAAUGACAUAAUUUAUAUCAUGUUUGUGAUGAUGUCAAAACCAUUUUGACUUCAAUCCGAUGGCUAUGAAGUAACCCACUUCUCUUUAAUGAAUUAGGAAAUCAGGCAUACAGUUCUCAUUAUAUCGCAUAACAGUUCUGACAUCUACAAUACUUUGCCUGGUCCUUCUCAGUGCAGCCAGGCUCUGCUCAAUUGUAAUCAGACAGUACUAGAUCAUCUAUGGGAAACUGCAGUCUUGACUUACGCAUUGGAAAUAUUUUGUUUGCAGAUGAGCACCAAUUUUAGCCUCUCUUUUAUCUCUGAGGAAGGCAUGACAGUUUCACCAUAUUAAUUUAAAAUUAGCUGCUCUAUUUUAAUCUUCCAGUGUUGGAGAUAAAUAUAACCUUAGGCUUAUAUUUCUUUCUCCUUACAGCUUUUCAAUCUUUUCUAUUUUCAUUUCUGCCUUUUUCAAAACACUUUAAGAAUAUCUGAAACUCUAAUCUUCAGAGUACACAAGCAUGUGAAUUAAGUAUGUGUCCACAAUUCUUUAAACCAGCCAUAUGUAGGCUCAUGGGAAGCUGCAAAGGAACAUAAUCUGUUUUAAAGAGUUGCAGACAAAUCCUUUAUUUAAUGCUUACUCCAAGGCACCUUAUUGGAAUUGAACCUGAAACGCUGCACAUUCCUAAUUAAAAGUAAUACAAUUAAGCCAUCAAUCAAUUAGAAGUGCAAUUUAGCCAUCCUUUCAAGCAAGUUAGUAAAAAAAAUUCUAGUUUAUCUACUUAUUUAGUUUAUAUAAUUUCAAAUGCUGAAAUAGCCAAGUCAGUAAUCUUUUACCUACUUGUUUUAAAACACUUCUUGUCAUUGUAUGUGGGUAUUUACCUUUUUCAUUGAAAUAUAUAAGUAGGCCAGGUCUGUAUCGGCAAUAGAAUCUCACAUUGCUAAGGGUGUAUAGCAGACAACAGGUGAAAAGUGUUCUAUUUUAAAAGGAUACUUUAAAUACUAAAUUCCUAAAGCCUAGCAUUUAGUUAAGGAGCUGAAACUGUUCCCUAUUCUGUACUUAUUCAAUUGUAGGGAGUAUUGCUUCCAUGAAUAAAAAUAGUAAUAUGCCUGAAGUUUGUAAUAUUGAUGAUGUUAAAACCUCAGGAUUCUUUUAAUUGUCCCACAGAAGUAGCUCAGAUAAUAAAUUUAGAAACUUCUUGCAGUUUCAAGUAGUAAACUUUUCACAAGGCUUUAAGUCCUGGUUAUUGUGCCCUUACUGUAGCAAAAUUGUAAACCUUUGUCACUUAAAAAGUUCAUCCAAUUGUCUAAAGGACUAAAGGUAUGCCUUUCCUUAAGUAUAUAUUGCAAAGUAUUUAUUCUGUGUAUGAGUUAUUGUAAGCUAUCUUUCCUCUUCACCAAACAUAUAAAUAUGUUAAAUCUGAAGGACCAGGUACAAAUCAGUUCAGGAAAGACAUUCAAGAAAUUGGUAUGUCUUAUUUUAAUGAACACAUUACAGAUGCUGAGCUGAGAAAUGUUAAGAAAUAAAUAUUUUAGUCAUAAUA